CAUUAGGAAAUAAUGUCCAUGAUAAAAAUUUAGUUUUGGUACAAUAAAAGUACACAAGUUUUUAUAUCUGUUCAUCGAACGCCAUAUUUUCAAAAUACACACCAUUGGUUAAUAUAUAAGGGAAUGUAGUUACUAAAAAAGUGUAGUUUGUUUUUUAAAAAAGUGUUUUGGCAAAGUGUCAGUGAGUUUACAACUACACCAUUUUGUAAUGCCAUUGUGAACACAGGAAAUGUAGUGUCAUGGAUAAUCAGUGGAAUCAGUUUCUUCAUGUUAGUUAAUUUUUGUAUAUUUUCUACAUGGAAAAAGCCUAUGAUAUGUCAAGUUUCUUGGAUGAUAUUGAGAAUGUUAAAUUUGAUGAACAAGCUAUCCAUAAAAUGCAACAAGAACCUACUCCCAAGAAGGUCAAUCCAGAAACCGACAAUAUUGUAUUAGAUCUUGAUGACCUUAUUAAAGGCUACAAGGAUGAUCAAACACCAGUAGAUCAAAGUACCAAAACAAAACAGACUAAACCGAAACAGAAUAAUUCUCAGGACAAUCUGUUAACAAAGGACAAAAGAACUGUGUCCCAUGCUGUACAAGGGGCAAAAAAGAGUGUUAGCGUUAACUCAGAUUUUGAGUUAGUUAAAAAGGAGUCACUAAAUAGGCAACCGUUUGACAUGUUUCAUUUAAAACCAUCCAAGCCACCUGACGACUCCCUAUCAGAUAUGUUCAAUUUGAACGGAUAUCAUGAUUCAUCCCCUUCUUCGGAACCCGUGGAGGAAGAAGUUAUGGCGGCGAAACAAGUAAAAUCUGUAGAAUUUGGUUUAUUUCCUGACCCAUUACACCUAAAGGAUAACGCUGCAAAUGCUACAAGUAGUAAGGCCACAGCUACUCCUAAGCCAAUACCAGAUCCUUUAGGCUUAUUGGAUAAAUCUAAACAAGUUCAGGAAAACAUCGACAAAACGAAACAAGAUAUACACAACUUUAUAACAGAUCCAUUCGGGCUUAAGGAAAAAGCUAGGCAAAAGGAAGAACAAGCUUCAAAAGACUCUAAAGUAGAACCUACGAAUCCAAUAAUAAAUAUUCCAUCUCUACCAGAUCCCCUAAACUUACAGGAAAAAACUAAACAAAUAAUCGAUUCUCUUAAAAAUGCCGCUGAUGAUGCUAACGCAGCAUUUGAUAGCAUAUCCAGCAAGCUUCCAGAUCCCUUAAAACUAAAGGAAAAGUCAGAUACGUUAGCAGAUGCUGUAAAAAAUACUAUCGAAACUUCUGAAAAAGCUCUUACGGAUAUUAAAACUCUUCUACCAGAUCCGGUAAAAAUACAGGAACAAACUAAAGAUAUAUCAGCUGCAAUGUCUGAGGCAGCUGAAAAUUUUAACAAAGCCAUAGACAAUAUCCAAAACGCCAUACCUAAUCCUACACAACUGCAGGAAAAAUCAAACGAAAUAAAAGCUGCAUUGGAAAAGACAGCAGAAGAGUCUUUAAAAGCGAUUGAAAAUAUUGAAAGCUUUAUUCCGAAUCCGGCAAAGUUUCAUGAAAAGUCACAAGUUAUUUCAGAUGCACUAAAAAAUGCAGAAAAGGCUUCAAUAGAAUCAUUUGAAAACAUUUCAAAAGUAUUACCAGAUCCUACAAAAUUGACUGAUAAAUCUAAAGCAAUUUCGGAAGCUAUUGAUUCUGCUUCACAAAACUCUAUAAAAGCUCUAGAUGAUAUUACUAGUAGUAUCCCAGAUCCUUUACAUCUACAGGAAAAGUCAAAACAGAUUUCUGAUUCUAUAAAGAGUGUAGCAGAAAACUCUCAAAAAGCGCUAGAAACCAUACACGCAGCACUUCCAGAUCCUUUAAAGUUGCAGGAAAAAUCGAGUGAAAUUGCUGCGACAAUUAAAAAUGCCACCGAAGCAUCGCAUAAAAUGCUUGAUGAGAUUCAGGGUAACAUUUCUGAGUCCUUUAAAUUAGAGGAAAAAUCUAGCAAUAUAGUAAGCAGUAUAAAAAAAGUUGCUGAGAACUCUGAUAAAGCUUUAGAAUCCAUCACAGUGUCUCUACCCGAUCCUUUAAAAAUACAGGAAGCAUCCAACAAAAUAGCAACAACACUCGGUGAUAUCUCCAAAAGCAUUCCUGACCCAUUGGAGUUUCAGGAAAAAUCGAAGAAAAUACUUGAAGGGAUAAAAACUUUAGCAGAAAGUUCUACUAAAAGCUUGGAAGAGAUAACUGGCUCAAUACCGGAUCCAGCAGAGAUAAAGGAUAAGUGUACUAAAGUAACCGCUGCUCUUAAAACUGUAGCUGACACUUCUACCAAAGCAUUUGACGAUAUCAAUAAAGCUGUAGUUGAUCCAGCUCAACUACAGACUGCAGCUUCUAAGAUCACGGAUGAUUUGAAGGUUUCCUCUGAUGCUACAGUUAAGGCACUUUUAGCCAUCAAUAAUAUGGUGCCAGAUCCUCGCAAAUUUCAGGAACAUUUUGUUAAACUUGCCACUAAUGUGAAAACUCUAGGAGAAGCGGCCAAUGUCGGGCUGGAAAAUAUUCAAAAGGCGAUACCUAAUGCUUCUGAUCUACAGCUAAAAUCCACUCAAAUAUCAAAGGCGAUAGCCGAUACAGUCGAAAAUUCAAAUAAAGCUUUUGACAGUAUAACAACAGCACUACCUGAUCCUACUAAUUUUCAGAAACAAUCCCAACAAAUUACGGAAGCCUUAGCAUCUACAACUGAAAAUACUAGCAAAGCAUUUGCUAGUAUUAAAACUGCAUUACCAGAUCCUACCAAACUUGAGGAGCAAUCCAAAAAAGUUAGUGAGGCUCUAGUAGAUAUUGCGGAAAAGUCUACUAAGGCUUUUGACACUAUUUACAGUACUAUACCGGAUCCAAAAACAAUACAGGAUUCUUCUAAAAAAAUAACAGAAGCAAUAAGUACUGUAGCUGAGGAAUCUUUAACUGCAUUUAAAAGUAUUGAGAGUUCUUUACCGGAUCCCCUAAAAUUACAGGAAAAAACUAAAGAAAUUACAAGCGCUUUAACUAAAUCUGCUGAAAUCUCUAGCAAAGCAUUAGAAAGUAUUAUAAGUACCGUACCAGAUCCUCAAGUUCUUCAGGACAAGUCAAAGCAAAUUGCAGACUCAAUUACAGAUUUAGCAGAAAAUUCUAAUAAAGCCUUAGAAGGAAUUCACAAAGCUCUACCAGAUCCCUUACAAAUACAGUCGAAAUCUAAAGAAAUAACCGAGCUUUUAACAAAUGCAGCUGACAGUACUCUCAAGGCAUUUAGUACUAUUGAGAGUGGGAUUCCCGAUUCAAUAAACAUACAGGCAGGUACCAAAAAAAUUACAGAAAUGCUACAAGAUGUAGAAAAAAAUUCAACUAAAGCGUUAGAAGAUAUUAAAACGGUACUACCAGAUCCAGUAAAAAUACAGAAUGAAACUCAGCUGAUCACUAAGGCACUAGCCGACACGGUACAAAAGUCGAAUGAAGCAUUUGAAAGCAUCCAAAAAGCGGUACCCGGUGUACUGGAAAUACAGAACAAGUCGACUAAGAUUACGGAUGCAUUGACAGAAGCUAAUGAUAAAUUCACUAAAGUAUUUGAUAAUAUUGAAAGUGUAUUACCGAAUACUUUACAAAUAGAGAACAAAUCCAAAGAGAUUUCUGAUGCCCUAGCUAAUGCUGCUGAAGUAUCAACCAAAGCUUUUGAUGGAGUGUUGAGUGCGCUUCCUGAUACUGACAAAAUAAAGGAACAAUCGGACCAUAUUACACAGGGACUCCUUAAAAUUAAGGAAGAAUCUACCAAAGCUUUCGAAAAUGUUCAGAAUGGUUUACCAGAUCCCUUAUUAUUUCAAAACAAGUCCAAAGACAUAACUGAAGCUUUAACAGCAGCAGCUGCAAGCUCUACUAAAGCUUUUGAAGCAAUUAAUUCUUCAUUACCAGAUCCCCUAGACCUAAAGAAAAAAUCUGAUCAAAUUAUAGAUGCCUUGAAUAAGGCGAACGAAUCGUCCAACACAUCAUUUGAUAGCAUUACAAAUCUUCUACCAGAUCCAACAAAAAUUCAGGAAAAAUCCCAAAUCAUUGCAAAAACUCUAACCGAUAUAACUGAAGAAUCAAAUAAAGCUUUUGACAGAAUUAAUGAUAUAAUACCCAAACCAGAUGGGCUGCAGAGUAAAUCCAAAGAAAUAACUGAUGCGAUAGGAAAUAUAGGAGAGACUUGUAACAAGGCGUUUCAAAAUAUAGAAAGCGUUUUGCCAGACGCUACUAUAAUACAGAAAACGUCAAAUAAAUUAUCAGACUCAAUUAAAGAUGCCACCGAAUCUACAGAUAAAGCUUUUUUGGAUAUACAAAAUUGUUUACCAGAUCCAAAAAAGAUCGAGGCUCAGUAUACAAAUAUUAAAGACUCAAUAUCUUUAGCAAACAACAAAUCUCAACAAGCUUUCGAAGGAAUUCAAAGUAUGUUACCAGAUUCUAGUGAAAUAGAGAAAGAGACAAAUAAAAUUGUAGAAAUAUUGGCGAAUGUAACAAAAAGUUCAAACAAAGCUUUUGAAGACAUAAAAGCGCAUGUAGCUGACCCUAUAGAACUACAGGAAAAAUCACAGCAAAUUUUGGAUUUGUUAACUAAAACAGUUGAUUACUACAAUAAUGCUUUAAAAAAUAUCAAAGAUUCUGUCCCAGAUUCAUCAAAACUUCAACAGGUUGAAGAAGAAAUUGUUAAAAUAAAUACGGACUCAAGUCAGGCAAUUGAAAAUAUCCUUAAAGUUUUAAAAAACGAGCCAGAUUUGCAGAGCAAAUCCAAAGAUAUUAUAGACACAAUUACAAAUUCAAUUGAAAGCUCCAACAAAGCUAUCGAAAGUAUUAAUUCUGCAAUACCAGCUGCCUUUGACAAGAUAAAUAAGUCUGUCCCAGAUGUUUCCACGAUUGAGAAAGUUGCCAGUCAAAUAGCAACUGAAGCUGAAAAAUCCAAAAGUGCCAUUGAAAAAGUUAACCAAGGGUUGCCACAGAUUUUUGACGGUAUCCAAAAGUCUAUACCAGAUGAAAAGCAAAUAAAGGAAUUAUCUGAAAAGCUAGUGAGUGAUGCUACAAAUUCAAGCAAGGCCAUUGAUAAUCUAGCCAAAUUUAUACCAACUCUUUUCGAUAACAUUCAAUCUUUUCUCCCACAACAAGAUAAGAUACAGGAAAUGGCUAACAUAGUAGCAGAAAGGUCAAAAAUAUCUACCGAAGCCAUAGAAAAUUUGGGCAGCAGCUUACCAAAAGCUUUUGAGCAAAUCCAGAAGGUUAUACCCGAUUCAGUAAAAUUACAGAAUCUACUAAAUAAAAUUGUUGAAGAAGCUGAAAAGUCGAAUAAGGAGAUCGAUGAAAUGGUGAAGGUUGUACCAAAGUCUUUUGGAAACAUUCAGAGUGCUAUACCAGAUUCUACAAAAAUAGAGCAACUAGCUAAAGUACUAGCAGAAGAAGCAACCAAAUCAACUGAGUCAAUUGACAAACUUAGCACGGCUUUGCCUAAAGUUUUUAAUCAACUUCAAACAGCCAUACCAGAUUCCCAGAAAAUACAGCAAAUAAGUGACAACGUAGUUCAAGAGCUCCAAGUAACGAAAACCAAACUAGACGAUUUAAACACUAGUUUGCCAAAAUUGUUUGACGACAUACAAACUUCUGUACCAGAGAUAUCAGAGAUACAGACAAAGUCCAAAGAGAUUAUUGAAGCACUAGCUUCAGGUUCCAAAAAUUCAAACAAAGAUUUGGAAAAUAUUAAGACUGUUUUACCACAAGUAUUCGAGAGCAUUCAGACAUCUUUACCAGACCCAAUAAAAAUACAGCAAGUUGCCGCUAAUAUUAAAAACACAGCUGAAAACACUACGAACGCUUUGGAAAACUUGGAAAACUCUAUACCAGAUCCUGGAAUCAUACAAGAGAAAUCUAAAGAUAUUACUACAUUACUGAAAUCUACAAUUGAAGACACUAAUAAAGCAUUUGAUAAUAUCAAAGAGCUUUUGCCAGAAUUUGUAAAGAUACAGAAUAAAACAAGUAGUAUUGGGGACAUGUUAAAAAAUAAUGAAAGUUCAUCUGACGAACAUCCUAAAAACACUACAAAUAGAUAUAUUGAUUUGGAUUUUCAGAGGACGUCCCAGGAAAUGGUAGAGACCAUUACAAAUGCAACAGAAAACUGCAACAAAGUAUUAACAGACAUACAAAAAGUAAUGCCUGACCUGAUAAGAGUAUUAGAAAAAUCUACUCAAAUGGUAGAUAAUCUAUCAGAAGCAACAAAAAAAUCUAAUGAAAUAAUAGCAAAAUUGGAGAACACGUCAGCUAAGUCAACAGAAAUAUCAAAUAAAAUUUUAGCCGGACUAGAGGUAACCCAUCUAACUAAAAGAUAUGACUAAAUUGUGUAAAUAUUUUAGUAUUAAUAAUUGUUAUUAAUUUUAUAUGGAUCUGAUAUUGUAUUUUUACCAAAUAUAUCAAAUGCCUGCAAGUUCUCUAUAUGUAUACUAAAUAACUAAAAGAACUUAUAAUACAUACAAAUUAACAAAAAAAUUGUACGCCUACACAAUUUGUUUCAAGAAUACGAAUGAAAUAAUAAUUUUUAGCUCUAUGUACUCGUCUAUACCAAAAAUGUGUUAUUAGUACCGACUUUAUGAAAUAUUUAUAAUAACCAAGUGAAUAACACCAGCAAAUAUUAUGAAAUAAAGUAUAACUCUAAUUAUAGCUCGCACAAAAAUAGAUGAAAACAAAAAGAUGGUAGGCAACUGUAAAUACCUGUCUCUGACCUUUUAUUUUGUUGUAGCGCAUUAAUAAAAGUCAAUAAAAAGGAAAUACGUAUCUUCGGUUGUCUUUCAUCUUUUUAGAUAUAUUUUUAUUUAUUUUGGUACGAGCUU